UUUCAUAGAAAGUAAUUUAAUUCUGUUUUUUUUUGUGUAAGUAAAUAUAGAAACGCGUAUUGUCACUCCGUCUGGUAAAUAAAUUGUUACUUGCGUACACGAUGAUGGAUACGCGUGUAGGUAUUUCAACAAUUACCAAGCGUAUCAAUUUGUUUGACUAUGGAGUUUUUGUCGCGUGCUAUACUAAGUCGUUCAGAGUCGACCCAAAUCCUCUGUGAAUUGAGUCAAAUUGAUGAAAGUACGCUUGACAUUCAACAAACUGAAGAUGGCGUAUUGGGCCGACUAUUCGUUUUCUCAUCUACGUCCCCUCAAACAGCUAUCAGUAUAAAAAAGUACGAAGACGUGACUGUAGGACGUGGAAAUGCCAAUACGUAUCAAUUGAUUCAGUCUACCGCAAGUUAUAGACACUUUAGAGUUUAUUCGGUGCUUGUCGACGAUGAUAUGGAUCCAUUAGUGUACUGUCAAGAUCUAAGCUCCAACGGCACGUUUCUGAACCACUGUCUUAUCGGUAAAGGAAAUGUAGUAUUGUUGUCUGAUGGCGAUAUUUUAGACGUUCGCCAUUGUGCUUCUUUUCUAUAUCAACAAAAAAAUACAACGGAUGAUGACUAUCAUCAUGAGUAUGAUGGUGAAGAAUUUAGUAUCACCCAUCGCCUACUUGGUACGGGAGGGUUUUCGCGUAUUUAUAUGGCAAUUGAGAAUAAAACAGGCAGACAAUAUGCUUGUAAAAUUAUCGAGAAGAGGAAGGUUUCCUCCAGUCGCUUUUAUGAUGAUCAUGAAGUAUCUAUUUUGAAAAAGCUAAAUCAUCCCAAUAUUGUCCAUGUGGCUAUGGACUACAACUCUGAAAACCAAUUUUUUAUUUUUGAGGAAUUGGUUACAGGUGGCGAUUUGUUCAGUUAUUUAACUAAGAUGGGAACAGUUCCUGAAGUGACAUGCUUGUUUAUUAUGUAUCAAUUGCUACAAGCAUUAGGUUAUCUGCAUUCUCAAAAUAUUGCUCAUCGUGAUCUCAAGUUGGAAAAUAUUUUGAUUGUCUCUUCAAGCGAUAGCGUGUUUCGGAUUAUUUUGACUGACUUUGGUGUUGCUAGAUGUAUGGAAAAUGGGAAACGAAUGUCAACAUUUGUUGGCACCUUGGAGUAUACGGCUCCAGAAGUGAGAGAUUUGAAAGGUCGUAGUAGACGUUACAAAGAAUUGAACAUGGGAUAUGGAAAAGAAGUUGACAUAUGGAGCUUAGGAAUUAUCAUGUAUUUACUUCUUUCGGGAAACUCGCCUAUUUUUUCUAUGGAAGGAAACAUAGUAUUUGAAGACGCGAUUUGGAGAACUGUAUCGAGGCAAGCUAAGGAUCUGAUAUGUUCUUUUCUACAAAAAGAACCAAGUGAACGCCCCACAGUGGAGGAGGCGCUGGAGCACCCUUGGUUUUAUCGACAUAAAUCGAGGUUGGAUAAGCUGUACAAAACUAGAAUUCUUAAACGACCUUCAUCAUGAAGCGCUGAAACAAAUGUACAAUGAAACUAGAAAGUGAUGGAGAUAAGGAUCUCCAAUUUAAACUUCUCAAACACUCAAUUGUCUUGUAUACUUUUUAAACUUCAAGGAUUAACUAUUACUUUAG